AUGAAGCCCUCACCGCAGGGUGGCUCGGCCGCCGAUGCGGCUGCCACCUCUUCGACAGACCCGUUCGGCGACAGCGAGGCUUCCUACGUCCUCCCCACCAUCUCCUUUGCCACCAACGCCAACGACGCAGAAACCAUCAGCAUCGGCGCACCGGUCCCCUUCUCCCCAUCCACCACGCGUCCCUCAUCGACAAAGUCGUCGCGGCAUAGCAGCAGCAGCGGCAGCCUCCCCAUCCACAAGCGCGUCAGCAACCUGCGCUCCAGCGACGCCGGCCCCAACCAACUUGCGCCCCCUGCCACCAACCGUGACGCGUCUACCACCAGCAGCGCAAUGGAGCCAGCAGGCACCGGUAGCACCUCCAACCUGCUCAGAAGAGGUUCCAACAACGACUCGCUGCUCAGCUCCUACUUCCACCCAGACUUUGACGCCGCAUCGCGGCAGCACAGCUACCAGUCGCAUUCCAACCACCACCUUCAGCAGGGUUCCGAGAGCCCGGCUCAGCUCGUCCGACGCAAUGACAGGAUCAACCCUAGGGCGGCCACGGACGAGUACAGUCUGCCAUCGUCGCUGACGGGCUCCCCCGGCAGCGGCAACAGCCAUCGCGGCCUCUACCGCGACGAGAAGGACGCAGACAUCUCGUCGGCCGCCGCCUACUUUUCCAACCCGUACACGUGGGACACCAUGGACGGCAAGUCGGAGCCCGACGACUACCUGCACGACCCCGAGGCGCCAGAGGAAAAGGAGCCGGGAGCCAUGCGUUCGAUGAUGGGCCCGCGUGGCCUGCUCAACCUCGGCGUGAUUGCGCUGCUGGGCAUGGGCCUCCUGAUGCUCUUUGCCGGCUACCCCAUCCUCUCGUACUACACCCGGAUCAAGGAAAGCACCAAGGGCGCCUUUAACCUGGGAGGCACCAAUGCCACCGGCCAGAUCGCCAGCAUCCCGGGCAUGCGGAACGGCCUCGUCGACCCCGACACGCCCGAGGAGGUCAAGAGCAUCCUCGGCCUCGACGGCGAGACCAAGAUGCAGCUCGUCUUCUCCGACGAGUUCAACACCGACGGCCGCUCCUUCUACCCGGGCGACGACCCGUUCUGGGAGGCCGUCGAUCUCCACUACUGGGCCACCAACAAUUACGAGUGGUACUCGCCCGAGGCCGUGACGACGCGCGACGGCGCCCUCGAGAUUACCCUCGACCAGGUCGAGACCAACAACCUCAACUUCCGCGGCGGCAUGAUCAGCACCUGGAACAAGUUUUGCUUCACGGGCGGCUACCUCGUCGCCUCGGUGCGGCUGCCGGGCGCUGCCGACGUGCCCGGUCUCUGGCCGGCGGUCUGGACCAUGGGCAACCUCGGCAGGGCCGGCUACGGCGCCAGCGUCGAGGGCAACUGGCCCUACACGUACCAGCAGUGCGACGUGGGCACGCUCAUGAACCAGACCGACGCCGACGGCAAUCCGAUCGCCGCGCAGACAGGAGGUGACGUGAUGUGGAACCGCAAGAAGCACGCCAAGGCGCUCUCGUUCCUUCCCGGUCAGCGGCUCUCUGCCUGCACCUGCCCCGACGAGGACCACCCGGGCCCGAAGCUUGCGGAUGGCUCUUGGAAGGGCCGCUCCGCGCCCGAGAUUGACGUCUUCGAGGCGCAGGUCGACGGCCGCAUCGGCAUGACCGUCUCCCAGUCUCUGCAGGCCGCGCCGUUCAACUGGAUGUACAACGUGACCAACACCACCGGCCCGGCCUACGAGUUCUUCCAGCCGGACUCGCACCUCAACUCGUACAACGGCGAAAACACGCAGCAGGCGCUCAGCGGCGUCUCGACGGCCUCGCAGGUCGCGGUCCAGUACGGCGGCGACGACAGCUUCGCCGAGUACGGCUUUGAGUACGAGCCGGGCGAGGACGGCUACAUCGAGUGGAUCUCGGAUGGCAAGCCGGCGUGGAAGCUCAUGCACUCGGCCUUCGACCCCGACCCCCGAGCGCAGAUUGGGAAACGCGUCGUCCCAACGGAGCCACUGUACCUGAUCGCUAACCUGGGCAUCAGUCAGAACUUCGGCACCCCAUCGUGGCGCAAGCUGAAAUGGCCAGCGAAGAUGGCGAUCGACUGGAUCCGAGUGUACCAGCCAGACGGCAAGACGAACGUCGGCUGCGACCCUCCGGACUACCCGACGGCCGACUACAUCAACCGACACCUCGAGGCCUACACGAACCCGAACCUCACACUGUGGGGCAACACGCGCGAAGAGGGCGGCUACGGCGCCGAAUGGCCGCGCAACAAGCUGUAUCCGGGCGGCUGCGACGCGCCCAGCCGCACGCUGCCCGGCCCUCCGGACAGGGUCAAGGCUCCCUCGUUCCCCACGUCGGCCAUCGCCGUUGGUCAGAACUGA